AUGCGAACGGUUGCUGCUCUGCUUUUUCUUUUUACUUGUCUUGAAAGUUUUGAAAGUUCAUCCGCUACUCCCGUCUGCACAAAUGGAUUCACAUUGAUUAACAACAAGUGUUUGAAACUUUUAAACACCCCAGUUAACCACAAAGCUGCUGAGAUUUCUUGUUCUAGCUUUGGAGCGACACUUGUCACUGUCAAAAAUGAUCAUGACAAUCAAGCCAUUGCCACUAUUGUUGGAAGUUCUACACCACUCGUAUGGCUUGGAUUAUACUGUUUUUCUAGCAACUCUUCACAGUGUUUAUGGGAUGAUGAAUCUGGCUCUGCGAGAAGUUACAAUAACUUUUCCAGUGGUUUUCCUCUGGUCGCUCUCGGACAGUGUGUUUACUACUCUACGCAAGGAGCAUUGACUGGCAAAUGGCUCAGCGCGGAGUGUGAGAGCCAGCGCAUGGCUUUUGUUUGUGAGCUCCCGACAACAUUUGCAGAUAAUUGCCUUCACAACUACAACGGUUACUGUUACACAUUCAGCUCGUCACCACAAACAUUUAUUGGUGCACAAAGUACGUGCGCACAAACCUGUGGAAACCUUGCCUCAGUACAUUCCCCAAACGAAAACCGUUAUAUUACCACUUUUGCCCCACAAGAUUAUUAUUAUAUCGGAGCAAUAUGGAAAACUGACUACAGCCUCCGUUGGAUGGACGGCUCUGCGUGGGAUUACAAUAACAUUGAUCCAAUAUAUCCUAAUCGAUAUAACUAUUGUCUGCAUAUGUCUACGAUCACUACUUCUGGAUCUGGUUUCUGGUACGGGGACGAUUGUAGUCUUAGUAGAAAGUAUGUGUGCAAGCGAGAAGCUGGUGUGCCAUGCACAACUGUGCCGCCGCCAGUCACUGUAAGACCAAGCUCCACAAACCCUUCAAAUUGCAACGCCGGUCUACUGAUGUCUCCAGGAGUAUUCACUUCUCCCAACUAUCCACAAAAUUAUUUCAAUAACGAGAACUGCACUUAUCAACUUUCAACACUGGGAUCGUACAGGAUUACUUUAAAAUUUAGCAAUUUCCGCACGGAAAGCAAUUAUGACUUUGUUUCGGUAUACGAUGGCCCUACAACGAGCUCUCCAAGUUUGGGUCGUUACAGUGGAAACAUUGGUUCUUUUUACGUGUCGUCGAGUGAAAAUAAUAUGCUUGUAACGUUCACAUCAGAUGCAGGAGUCGUUUUCCAAGGAUUCACUGCAAGAUUUUACUCGGUUGUCCACAGAUCUUGAAGAUGCUUUUUUUUUAAAGUUUGAGCAUUUUUUGUGAAUUUAUGAAAAAAACAAAAACGCAUAUUUUUAAACUUCAAUUGAUCAAUAAAAAUGUUUUUUAUUUUCUCACAAUUCUUAUUUUGGAAUAUUAUUAUUUUGGAAUAUCUAUGUUUGGAAUAUAAACGUGACGAAAAUCAAUAGAAACCCCAAAAAAUCAAGAAUUUAAUGAUCUCUGUGAUUUUUGGCUCAAUGAGCUUAAUGGAGCACACUCAGCUAAAGCAGAGCUCAUUAAUAUUCAUAAAAACUGUUUCGUGUCUUUAAGAAAAACCUUGAAAAAAUUAAAAAUUUCUUUGUCUGGAAACAGUCUGAUUUACAGUUAACCUGAAAACUCCAAAAUAAGAAUUGUGAGUAAAUUUAAAAAAGUUUUAUUGAUCAAUUGAAGUUAAAAAGAUAUGUUUUGUUAUUUUUCAUAAUACCACAAAAUUAUCAGUAAAAUAAAACUUAAAGAAAAACAUCUUCAAUUUUACGAUCUGUAGACAACCGAGUAAAAUCUUGCAGUGAAUCCUUGGAAAACGGUUGCUUCAUUUGAUGUAAACGUUUCAAGCAUAUUAUUUCCACUCGAUGUCACGUAAAUAGGAUUUUGGUACCCAUAGAAACGACCCAAACUUGGAUAGUUUGUUGUAGGUCCAUCGUACACCGAAACAACAUCAUAAUAACCUUCCGUGUGGAAGCUAGUAAAACUCAAAUUAAUCCUGUACGAUCCAAGUGUUGAAAGUUGAUAAGUGCAGUUUUCGUUGUUGAAGUAAUUUUGUGGAUAGUUUGGAGAAGUGAAUACUCCAGUAGACAUUAGUAGUCCUGCGUUGCAAUUUGAUGGGUUUGCAGGGUUUGGUGUGACAGUGGCUGGCGGUGGAACAGUUGUGUAUUGCACACCAGCUUCUCGCUUGCAUACAUAUUCUCUCCUAUAACUACAAUCGUCACCGUACCAGAAGCCAGACUGAAAAGAAGUAAUCGUCGACAAAAGUAAACAAUAGCCAUAUCGAUUUGAAUAUAUUGAAUCGAUGUUACUGUAAUUCCACGCAGAACCGUCCAUCCAACGGAGACUGUAGUCAGUUUUCCAUACUGCUCCAAUAUAAUAGAAAUCUUCUGAGGCGAAAGUGGUAAUAUAACGGUUUUCAUUUGCAGAAUGUAUUGACGCAAGGCUUCCGCCGCUUUGUGCGCACGUGCUUUGUGCACCAAUAAAUGUUUGGGCUGACGAGCUGAAUGUGUAGCAGUAACCGUUGUAGUUGUAAGAACAGUUAUCUGGAAUUAUCAAACAUCAAACGAAAAUGAAUCAAUAUCUAUACUACCUGCAAAAGUUGUCGGGAGCUCACAAACAUAAGCCAUGUGUUCGCUCUCACACUCCUCACUUGCACACUCUCACACAGCCACUUGCCAGCCAAUGCUCCUUGCGUAGAGUAGUAAACACACUGACCGAGAGCAACAAGAGGAAAACCUGAAAUAUUU